GUUGUCUCCGGAGAGUGAAAGCUCGCACGCAGUACACGUCUGUUCAUAACAGUGCAAGCGAACGGCAGUAAUCGGUGCUCGAUUGGUUUCGUCUGAAGAAACCAUGGCCGACUCAGAGGAUAGUGUAACAAUUCCUGAGUUCAGCUGUCUUCUACAAAUGGAUCCCUAUCUUAAAGGGUACGAGAAGGACUUCAGGAGGAGGUAUGAGCUACUACAGAAGCAGCUUUUCCUGCUGGAAGAGGCAGAAGGAGGUUUUGACCAGUUCACACGCAGCUACUUGACCUUUGGUGUGCAGCGACGGCCUGACAACAGUCUGUUUUUUAAAGAGUGGGCUCCUGCUGCAGAGGCCCUCUUCCUCACCGGUGACUUCAAUGGCUGGGACAAAUUCUCCCACCCCUACACCAAGAAAGAAUUUGGCAAGUGGGAACUGAUUCUACCACCCAAGCAUGACAAGUCUCCAGCUGUGGAUCAUAACACCAAAUUCAAGGUGGUAGUUCACACUAAAAACGGUGAGCGGCUGUACCGGAUCUCGCCCUGGGCAAAAUAUGUCACCAGGGAAGAGAAAUCUGUCAUCUACGACUGGGUUCACUGGGAUCCCCCCCAACCUUACAUUCAAAUCCACCCACGGCCAAAGAAGCCCACGAGUCUGAGAAUAUACGAGGCCCACGUGGGCAUCGCUUCACCUGAGGGAAAGGUCGCCUCAUACACCAACUUCACAACCAACGUGCUGCCUCGUAUAAAAGACCUGGGUUACAACUGUAUUCAGCUGAUGGCUAUCAUGGAGCAUGCCUAUUAUGCAAGCUUUGGAUAUCAGAUAACAAGUUUCUUUGCUGCUUCCAGUCGGUACGGUACCCCAGAUGAGCUGAAGCAGCUGAUAGAUGUGGCUCAUUCGAUGGGCAUCGUGGUGCUGCUGGAUGUCGUUCACAGCCACGCCUCCCAGAACACUGAGGACGGCCUGAACUGCUUUGAUGGCUCCGACUCAUGUUUCUUUCACUCCCCACCCAGAGGGGUGCACAGCCUGUGGGACAGCCGCCUCUUCAACUUCUCCAGCUGGGAAGUGCUGCGGUUCCUACUGUCAAACCUGCGCUGGUGGAUGGAGGAGUACUGCUUUGACGGCUUCCGAUUUGAUGGUGUUACUUCUAUGCUGUACCAUCACCAUGGCAUCGGCGCAGGCUUCUCAGGGGACUAUAGUGAGUACUUUGGCCUACAGGUGGACGAAGACUCUUUGGUUUACCUGAUGCUUGCCAAUCACAUUGUUCAUACCCUCUAUCCUGACUGCAUCACUGUUGCAGAGGAUGUGUCAGGGAUGCCUGCUCUCUGCAGAGGAGUGGAGGAGGGAGGACUUGGUUUUGAUUACCGACUGGCUAUGGCCAUUCCUGACAAGUGGAUUCAGAUCCUGAAGGAGUUAAAGGAUGAAGACUGGAACAUGGGCAAUAUUGUCUACACAUUAACCAACAGGCGCUAUGGAGAGAAAUGCAUAGCCUAUGCAGAAAGUCAUGAUCAGGCUCUUGUUGGGGAUAAGACUCUGGCGUUCUGGUUGAUGGACAAGGAGAUGUACACCAACAUGAGCUCCAUAAUUCCCAUGACACCCGUCAUCGACCGUGGCAUGCAGCUGCAUAAGAUGAUCCGCCUCCUCACUCAUGGCCUAGGUGGAGAAGGCUACCUCAACUUCAUGGGGAAUGAGUUUGGCCAUCCUGAGUGGCUGGAUUUCCCUAGAGAGGGGAACAAUCAGAGUUACCACUAUGCCCGGCGGCAGUUUAACCUAGUGGAUAUGGAUCACCUCCGCUACAGUCAGCUCUACGCCUUUGACCGGGACAUGAACCGUACCGAAGACAAGUACGGCUGGCUGGCUGCCCCACCUGCCUUUGUCAGCGCUACGCAUGAAGAGGACAAGGUCAUUGUGUUUGACAGGGGAAAUGUGCUCUUUAUCUUCAACUUCCACCCCAAUAAGAGCUUCCAGGACUACAGGGUGGCUGUAGAAGUUCCAGGAAAAUAUAAAAUCAAGCUGGAUUCAGAUCAGGUUCAGUAUGGAGGUCACGGACGGCUGGACCCCAGCACAGAGUUCUUCACAGAGGCCCAACCCUUCAACGGUCGCCAAAACUCCAUGCAGGUCUACAUUCCCUGCAGAACAGCUAUUGUCCUGGCCAACGAGGAGAUAGAUUACUGUUAUUAGAGGAUGAUUGUCUCCACAGAGACCAGGAUCGAGAAUGGAUUCCAACCUCAAACUGAGUGUUAACAAUCACCUUCAUCAUAAAGUGUCAACCUUGCACACCACCCAAACCCACCUUUUGUGUUUGAGUCUUUUUCUAAAUGAAAAAAAAAAAGCGUGUGAGCUUGUGUGCUUUCAAACACCAUCUGCAACCUUAGAUGCUGUGUAACCCCAUUUACUACAGAUUGCUCCAUUUGGGAAGCUUCCAACCUAACCAGCAGCUAGAUGCUAAAACUUUAAACCCUGCCGAGUCCAUCCACCACUAGCCAGCAGCCAUUUAUAGGCUCUGUUGAAUUUGGCGUGUCAUCUGAUACACCUGACUGGCGACUGUGGCAGAGUGCAGCAGCACAGCAAGCAUUCAAACAUAUGUUAAAAUAUAUUUUCCUUGUUUAAUUAUUUUGUAUUUACAUACAAAUAAUGUUGUGGAAUAAAGAGAGUUACAGUAUUACCAGCACUUCAAAAUCAAAAUGUCCAGGUAUUUAUUCACUGGUGAUCCAUCUUUGUUCAUUUGCAAUAUGAGACAUUGUACAUAUAAAAUAUUGUAAUUUGCACAAAGUAAUAAGCUGCUUUAAAUUAUGAUACUUUUAAUGGAUAUCUAAAACAUUUGUGUUUGAAUUUAUGCAGCUAAUGGGAGCAUUUAUGUGGUUAUUUAUGGCACUGUCAUUAAGCUGGUAAUUUGCAGCUAAAGCAAAGUGAUAAAAUCAUCUUAUUUGGAUUGUUCAGUGCGUUGCGUAAUGUACAAGUAACAUUUUAGCUGCAUAACAGUUUUUUCCACUUGCUAAAAGUAUAGCAUUGUCGUGAAUUUCAGUAAACUCUUCAAACUCUUCUAAAUUCUUCUAAAGUAAGUGACAUACCGAUGAUCAACACAUCAUUUUGUGUGGGAGAAGACAAUUUUAUAGGUACAGUAUGACUCACACAUCUGACUACUUAAAGAGACUAUGAUGUAUGUGCACCAUGUUCAUUAGAUAUAGUGGCAUUCCCCUGGGAUUAUCCCAGAAAAAAACUAAAUUCACACAGUGAACAAUGUGUGCCUCUUCAAAUUAGCACUGAUUUUUGUUACUUUUUUUCUCAACACACUUGGUGAUUGAACUUCUCAAAGAACAGACUCUCAUUCUGUCUUUCCCCAUAGCUGUUAUGUGAGAAGGUUAUUGAAUAACACAAUGUGUACGAACAGAGUAAAAUCACUGAUGAUAGAUGACUGUUCCUGAACUCACUCACGCAGGCCACAUGUCAUUAAAAUGUUCUUUCACACAAGAGGUUUCAUCUUUUCAGGUUUUGCAAACCUUGCAAGCCUUUAUGUUCUUUAGGUUUCCAACCUCCUUCUAAAAGUCCCUUGUUGCUGUAUGAAUGGAUGCCUUUUGGACAAUUUUCUGUAUUCUUUGCACGUUGUAUCAAAGCAGCACUGGUAGAAGUGAAACAAGAGCUGAUUUUGGGCAUCCCAGAUAAAAGCUAAUGCCUUGAUUUACUGCCACGGAUACUGUAAUUCUUUGAUCCACACCUACUGCAUUAGUACAGAUUCUCAGCCAUUUAAGCAGUUUAUUAUAACAUAUGGCAGGUUUUGAUGUGCCUCCCCUGCAGCUGAAGAAAACAAAUUUAUAUUCGGGACCAUCCUCCUGUGUUUAGCCAAAGUAUCAUGAACAUGUCAUUUCUUUUUGUGUUACACCAAAAGCAUUCAAAAAUGCCUUUCUCCAGCACUGGAAAAGCACAGAGAGGAUCACUCUGCAUAAAUUUUCAAGCAACGAGGUUGUGAGGCUGAAGUGGAGUGUUCUCAUCAAUCAAUCAUCCCUCAUCUGACCCAAUGUCAUUGUCGUUUUAGCACUGCCAAAAUGAAUUGUCUGCAUUUGUUCUCAAAAGUAAAACUGAUGUCUGAUACACACUAA